AUGAAGCUGUCUACAACCCUCUUCCUCCUGGCGGCAGCCUUGGGAGCAACCCAGCUGGUGGGAGUCGUCAUCACCACCCCGGACACAAUGACGAGCAACGCCUCCUCCCCCUUCUCGAGCCAGGCGCUGACCUCGGAUCGGGCCCCGGCCUCACCCGCCACCUCGCAGACAGCUCUUGUCGUCGAGCCCGUGACGGUUCCCAUCCCCCAUGUUGCGCCGCACCCUCCACCACAGGGGCACAUCUUCGCCGCAAGGGACGAGGAUGAGGGCCCGGGCCACGCGUGCCAGAUCACGAGCCACUGCCCCGGGGGCGCCGAGAGCGAGGAGGCCUUCGCGGCGUUCAAGACGCAGGUGGGCGAUUUGCCGGGGUACUGCUCCUUCCUGAGCUCCGAGGUUUCCAGGAGGCUUGAUCCGGGGAACGGGACGGGUGAGGCUUUGGUGGUGGACGGCGCCGCCAGGCAUUUCACGUGGGCUUUUACCCUGGGUAACGCGGAUGGGAGUUCCGAGGUGUACUUCGUGAACGCCCACAUGACUUCAAACAAGGCACCGCCCGGCGCUGUAGAAACGCUCGCCUCAGACGCCUGCGGCCUGGCCGGCGACGCCGCCGCGUACCCGUUGUACGCAUCGCUUUUCGCGUACCAGUUCUGCGUGGCGGCCAACCAGAGCGACACCCGGGCCCAGGUCAUGUCGCGCUACGCGGCGGCCGACCUCCCCGCUUGGGACGCACCCACGGUCCGGGGCGGCGGGCUGACGGCCAUGGUGGGGUUCUAUAUCUCGAGCCGGAGUGGCGAUUUGGGACCGGGUUGUGAGGCGUACGGCCUGGUGUGGGCGGGCGGGAUUCAGGACAGGGGAAGCAGAUUUGAUGCGACCGUGAAGCUUGAAGGCGCAACAUCAAUACGUAUGGAAGAAGGCUUCGAUUCCUACAACUGGCGCCUUCCUCCUCUUUCCCCCUUCCAGGGUCACUACCCAACUACGGACCAUGACGGGAGACGUUUUCUCAUUGUCUUCAACAGCAGCGGUCAUUUCGAUGGUUGGAUGCCAUACGAGAUCGACCUGAUACGCGGUUUCGUAACAGAUUUCAAUAGAGGGAACAAGUCGAAAACCCAUAGGAGCCCCGACAUUGAUAUGAGACCGAUCGGCGUAGUGAUGGUCACUUCCCAGUACAAGGCGCUCUAUGCAGUAGUCUUGAAAAAGGGUGAUGAUGAGGCAGCGGACCUGGACGUGCCCUCGGCCGACGCCUUACCGAGAUGGAGGCAGAUUCAGUCACUGAUGUCGAUGGCUGGAAAGCCCACCGAGGACCAGGUUAUAUGGAGGAGCAUCUUGCAUUAG